UUGUUUAGGUUGUUUUGGUAGGCCAUGGGCCGAGUCUUAUCAGUUCCUCAGCAUUAAAAUUUAAAAUGAUGGAAAAAUCAGAAGGAACUCUUAGCCCGUUUGUGUACUGGGCGCAAACUGACUCAGUUGCCACCCUGAAGGUCGAUCUCAAGAGCGUAAAGGACCCACAUUUGCGCAUCAAGGAGGAGACAGUUGAAUUUUCUGCUAACGGCGUCGGUGCCCAGGGCCUAAAACGCUAUUCUUUUGCUCUUCACUUGAGUGCAGCAAUUGACCCAGACAAAUGCUCUCUAAAGGUGACCGACAGGCAGGUCGAUUUGACUCUUUGUAAAACGAAGAAGGCCUGGUGGCCAAGACUCACCGCCAAGCCGCAGAAACCGGCAUGGCUGAAGAUAGACUUUGACAAAUGGAAGAGCGAGGAGGAUUUUGACGAGGAUGAAACGCGUGACAUUCGUAGAGACUUUCCCGAGAUUUACGACAAACUGCAAAAGGAGGAACUUGGAUAUAGGAGAGAGAGUGCAAAGAAGAUUUAUCUAGCAAUUUACAAUCUUCUGCAGUUCAUUGGCUUUUCCUACGUUUUAAUUGUCAUGUACAUCAGGCAUUACAAAAGUGGUGCAGAGUCCAUGGAAGGUACUUACGAAGCAGUCGGCCCAGCAAUGAAGUUCAUCCAGCUGAUGCAGUUUUUGGAGGUGUUGCAUCCAAUGUUUGGCUACACCAAAGGCAGCGCGCUCACACCAUUCUUGCAAGUGACAGGAAGAGCCAUAAUUCUGUUUGUCAUGAUAGAAGCGGAGCCUAGGAUGCAAACAAAACCUGUCGUCUUUUACCUCUUCCUCGUCUGGAGCAUGAUUGAAGUAGUCAGGUACCCAUACUAUAUCACCCAGCUGUACAACAUGGAAAAUUCCAUUCUCACAUGGUUGCGCUAUACUAUCUGGGUACCACUGUAUCCUCUGGGAUUUUUGUGCGAAGGAGUUGUAAUCAUUAGGGACAUCCCAUAUUACGAAGAGACCAACAGAUUCAGCAUUUCCAUGCCAAAUAAGUGGAAUUUCUCCUUCUACCUGCCGACAGUGAUGCGCAUUUACUUGCUAUUUCUGUGUGUGCCAAUGAUGUACUUCAUGAUGAGUCACAUGUACAGGACCAGGGUGAAGAAGCUGGGACCGAAGAGCUGGAUCCGAAAGUACAAUUAACCAACUUGUCUUUUGGAGGACCAUUAUACUCCAUCAAGUCCGGGCCAUAAUUUUGAUACUCUGGCUAUUUAAGCCUGUAAUUGUUUUUACGGUUAUUGAUUCCAUUGCUUUGUUGUUUUGCGGGUAUGUAGCUAUGAUGUGUCGUCUGUGGUAGUCAAUGCUUUGUGUGCAACAACCAAAAUAAGUGUUAUUUUAAACAGCACUAAAUGUCAAGUUUUCAAUUGGUGUACUUUUUGCCAAUUAAAAUAGUUAUCAUUUGUUUAACUACAACAAA